UUAGCAUAGUUUGACUUUGUGAAUACAUUGCUUUGAAGUGCAGUGGAGUAUUUCUACAAUGGUAUUAGCAGAAUAAUUUUACAUAAACCUGUUAAAGGUUAUGAGUAGUUCUUGCACCGCUGCUUUUGAACAACGUAGUCACAUCCAGGGGGUGGGGGGUGUAGAACAUCGAGAGGCAGAGAGGGAGACAGAGAGACAGAGAGACAGGCUGUCACUGGCCGGUGCGGUGUGCAGCAGCAGCAGCAGCGGCGGCAGCAGCUCGGAUCUAGCAGCAGACGGCGGCCCCAUCCACCGUUUCUCUCUGCUCGUUUCCUUUCUCCCUCUUCUCCUUUUUUCGAUCACUCCUUCCUCUUCUGUGGCCAGCUCGGCGAAAUGUCCGCCAGACCAGGAUUUUACCGACAGGAGCUGAACAAGACCGUGUGGGAGGUUCCGGAGAGGUACCAGAACCUGACGCCGGUGGGCUCCGGAGCGUACGGUUCGGUGUGUUCAGCAUAUGAUGUUAUCUUACGGCAGAAGGUUGCGGUGAAAAAACUGUCCAGGCCUUUUCAGUCUCUAAUCCACAGUCGCCGCUCAUACCGGGAACUCAGGCUGCUCAAGCACAUGAAACAUGAAAAUGUAAUAGGACUGCUGGAUGUCUUCACACCUGCUGCAGCAUUAGAGGACUUCAAUGAACUCUACCUGGUGACUAACCUGAUGGGUGCAGACCUCAAUAACAUCGUUAAAUUUCAGAGGUUGUCAGAUGAGCACGUGCAGUUCUUAAUUUAUCAGCUUCUUCGUGGCCUCAAGUACAUCCAUUCAGCAGGAUUGAUCCACAGAGACCUCAAACCCAGUAAUGUGGCAGUAAAUGAAGACUGCGAGCUGAGGAUACUUGACUUUGGAUUGGCCAGACAGACAGACGAUGAGAUGACAGGGUAUGUGGCGACUCGCUGGUAUCGCGCGCCGGAGAUCAUGCUGAACUGGAUGCACUACAAUCAGAAUGUUGAUAUUUGGUCAGUGGGAUGCAUUAUGGGAGAGCUGCUGAAGGGAAAAGUCCUUUUUCCUGGCACCGACUAUAUUGACCAGCUGAAGAGAAUCAUGGAGGUGGUUGGGACGCCAACACCUGAUCUGCUAAAGAAGAUCUGCUCUGAACAUGCGCAGAAGUACAUCCAGUCUCUUCCCUUCAUGCCCCAGCAGGACCUAGAAAAAAUUUUCAGAGGAGCAAAUCCACUAGCUGUCGAUCUACUGAAGCGCAUGUUGGUUUUGGACUGUGAUGGGAGGAUCUCGGCCAGUGAGGCUCUGUCCCACCCCUACUUCUCACAGUACCAUGACCCAGAUGAUGAGCCAGAGGCCCCGCCUUACGAUCAAACACUGGAGAGUAAAGACCGAACUCUAGAAGAAUGGAAAGAGUUGGUAUUUGAAGAGGUGAACAGUUUCAAAGCAUCCGGCAGCAAGACUGACAGCCUUCAGGUGGAGCAGUAAUCCUCUGUCUGCUCUGCCUGAAGAACGACCACGUACCUAACGAGCCGGAGAAGGACCGUGUCGAGCCGACUGAAGAAAACUCUGCAUUCCCUUUGCUCAGUGUGACUAUGUGUCUGAUUGCCUGGCAUGAGUUCAUUUGAGCAGCAGGGUGGGACGGUCUCUCACAGGACCAGAUGCACACAUUGCAAUUACAGGGUGCAUUUUAGAAACUGAUAAAUGGAGCUUUCCAGUUCAAAAAGUUGCUUCCUCUUAUGUUUCCGUUGAGUGAGACAAAAAUGAGGAACCAACGAGGUUGCUUCAGGGAUCACAGAAGAUGUGAGGAUUCAUAUGAGUGAGCAACUUUACGGAACUGUGUUCAGAGACUGAUAGAAGGGUUUCCAAGACAGACAAAAUCCACACUAUGAUUUCCAAAGUGACAACAGAAUGCCCCCUGGUACCUCAUCAUGACAAAUGUCAUAAGCAGUCACUGCUUUCAUAUAUGGAAUUCAUGUUAAAAGGCUUGCAGCAAUGCCGCGUCACGCCACAGAACAAACUUAGCAUUUGGCCUGCAUACUACUGCAUGAUUUAUGUGCAUUUUAUUAUUAUAGAAUAUUACUGGUGCUGUAAUAUAAUCAUUAAGACUGCUUAUCACAUCUGCCACUCUACUGUAAAACCAGUCUGAGGGUCGGAGAGAGGCAUUACCAGGAAAUGUGACCAUCAUCUGACCGCCACUCGCUAUCGCUAAGACAGUUAAAAAAAAAAAAAAAAAUAAGCAAACAAAAACUACCGCUCUUCCUCGGAUGAAAGUCAUCCCCUCAAGCACACAGACUAGUAAACACCAACCGUGCUAUUAAUUAGCAAGGUAAUUAAUACAUGCCAAAGCUGGAACAGAAUGACUGUGUUGCAGGUCUUUGUUUACAGUGCGACCUCGCUUCUCAUAUACAGUUUCCGCUGAUGGCUGCUUUCUGAUCAGUUGUUGGCUCUGGCGGGGCUCCAUGAGGUUUUCAUAAUUAUCCGCUGUGUCUUUUAUAGCCCUGGUUUGUGUUUACAAUAAUUAAGAUCACCAGGCCUUUUGUAAACUGAUGUGAUGUGCUGGAUAAAAUCAUAUUACCCAAUAACUAGCAGCUGCAUCCAGGUACUGACUGGUCAAACAGUCCAGUAUGAUGAUUCCCAUAAAGCAGCCAUACUUGGCUGCUUGUGGCAAACAGGGACCCUAUUAUUGAUCCUUCAUGUUUCCUCAGCUUCUUUUUAGUUUUCACAAUGCUUGAGUGUUAUAAAGAAAACAGAUUGUACAGGUUCAUCAGCAACCAUGGCAUGGAAGUAGUGGUAAUGUUCUUUACCCCAAUUGUGGGUACUGAAACAAUGCUGCAUUUUAUUGUUUAUUGCAACAAGGAAGGCUCCAUGGGUAACAUUUGUAUAAGAAGCAUGAGCCCAGCGCAUAUGCAGAUUACAACAUGACCUCCUCACUCCUUGCAGCAGACUGGAUUUUCACUUCUACAAACGUUUUGCUGAGGUUGAAAUAAUCUGGUUGUGUUAAACCACAAUGUGCAAAGCCAACCUACCACAGAUCUCCCAGCUCAAUACUGAAGGUCAAUGAAAAUGUUAAGAGGUAAAAGAUAGCAACACGAUGAGUAUUAGUUGUCUUAUAUGAACAAAGGAAUCACAGUCUAACACCCAGUAUGGACUGAUUGGUUAACAUAGCUGUUAUAACUUGGAGUGUCCCUUCACUGUCAUGCAAGUUAAACUGUGGUUCCUUGGUUUACUACACUAAAGUUCAGCCAACAAGAUUUACCACUCAAUUUACCACUUCGGAAGAAUUUUUGAGGAGCACAACAAAAGAAACCUAUUAUUAACUAUUUCUUUCCUGAGAUGGUACACACUGGAAUGCUACAUGUAGUCUUGUGUGCAAGUCGUCCACUAACACUGGAUGCAAAAUAUUGAAUUUACAGUCCAAACGAAUCAAAACUGUGUGUGUCAGUCAAAGAACUCUGAAUGUUUAAGUGUUUUUGCUUAUGUGGAUGUUGUACAGUAUAUGUGGUGGAUCUGAAUAGCAAAUCGAAUGUAUACUUAUACUGUAUGUAUGUCAAAAGUUAGAAGUGUCUUGAAUAUGCCACCAUGUGUGUAUCAACAGUAGCCAUAACUUUCAAAUCACCAAAUGGAAAGUCAGCUAUCAAAUGAUUCUGAUGAUUUUCUCAUUCAUUAACGGGUAACAUGACUUGACAAGUCUUGGCUUCAACAGAAUAAACACCAUCAUUUCUG